UGAUUCCGCCACAACCACAGUACAUGUCCAUAUUUUGGUUUAAUGGUUUCAUAUCCUAGUGAUGAGCUAGACCUUUCUCAACCUCUGCAUUUACAUAGAAAAACCUGCCUUCUACAGCAAAAGUAGUAACAUCUGUGGCUGUGUACAUCUGUGUGUCUGUGUGCUUAAAAGCCAAAGUCGUUCCUUUUCGUUUCAGUGUACCGUGGGUACUCUAACACUGACCAUGCUGUUGCUCCUGUUGCUCCUGACAUCCACUAGUAAUGGUGAUGCCCAGCGCAUUCCUGGCUUGAAGAAGGAUGACUCAUGUUCAUGUCAGGUCAACAGUAGUGUCUGGGCGUUCCCUGCCAGGAAGUUUGAGGGGGCGCUGCAGCUGGUGCAGGACUGUGGCGACAACCUGCAAAGCCUCCAGGCACAGGUGAAGCUGUCCAACGAGAGGCUUCCUGAGAUCCAGGCCACCAUUAAGAAUGUGACAGCUCGCCUGGAGCCGUACCAGUACCUGAACGACCAGGGUCUGUACACCGCCCUGCACCUGCGUCAACUAGCUAAGGAACUGAGGGAGCUGGAGGAAGACAUCAGUUCCAUACACCAAGACAAGCCAAGUGAUCAGACUCAGAAACUGACCCAAGAGAUAGGUAAGGUACGUAAGGAGGUAGAUAAGAUGCAUUUGUCAAACACCUUUAACAUGAAGACGGUGAAGGAAAAACUCCGCUCGCUGAAGAAUGGCGUGGAGUCCUGCAGGACAAUCCCAGAGGAGUUCAUAAGCAAGCAAGGUGUUUGCUCUCAACGCAUCAUGUCCAACAUCAGUACCCCUGUGAUCACAAAGAUCAGCCCGUAUGGCAAAAGCUAUACAUCUGGGUCCUGGGGUCGCCAGGCCAAGCAGGUCAUGGAAGACCAGGAGGGCAGUGGGGUGUUCUACUGGGUUCAGCCCCUCGUGAGCAGCCACAGACUGGGGAACAUCGUUCGACGCUACCGCUCCUACGACGACUUCAUGGCCUCCAAGAACCACGAGGAUGUGUCCGUGGCACCGUCCUACAGCCAUGCUAAUGCCAUCCAGGGCUCCGGCACGGUGGUGUAUGGUGAGGCAGUGUUUUAUAACUGCUACUACUCCCCUGAGCUGUGCCGCUAUGACCUACAAACCAAGGUCACAACUCGUCUGAAGAUCCCAGACAUCGGUACCAACAACGAGUUUCCCUACUGCUACUACAACUGUAAAGACUGGACAGACAUCGACUUUGCUGCUGAUGAAACUGGCCUGUGGGUGAUCUACAGCACACGGGGUAACCAUGGGAACCUGGUGCUGAGCCGGCUAGACAGCGAGGCGUUCAACGUGACACACACUUGGACCACGCGCCUCUUCAAGAAGUCAGUGACUAACGCCUUCAUGGUGUGCGGAAUACUGUAUGCCACCCGUUACAUUGACCGGUUCCAUGAGGAGGUGUUCUAUGCGUUUGACACAGCGACAGGUAAAGACGACAACACCCUGGCUCUUCCCCUGGAGAAGAUUGAGAACGGUGUGGCCAGUCUGAGCUACAACCCCAUUGACAGGCAGCUCUACAUGUACAAUGAUGGUUACCUUCUGUCUUACCAAGCUAUCUUUUAAAGUCAACCUUGUACAUGAGGUAGAAACAGUGUAUACUGUGUGACAAAUCCCACAUAUUGCUGUUUUUCUGAUGGUCUUUCUAAACUUGACUUCUUCCUAAAAAAUAAAACCACAGCAAUGAGCCUCAAUUAUUUUGAUUUUAAUAAGAGUGGGUUUUAACUGUGUUGAGGUGCUAUAAAACACAAUUAACAGACUGAACUGAGCUCUAAAUUACUUUAUUCAGUCAAUCUUUUUUCUCAAUGGGGGCAUUUCACUUUCCUUUCCCCAAAGCUACUAAGGUAGACAUGUAACACACACACACAGAUGAUAUGAUCUGUCAGUGUAGUCUUGUUGUAUCCAUAAUAGUGCUCUUGUGCCCUGAAAAGAAAUACAUAGAAAAUUCCAUUAGUUAUGAGCCCUUUUUUUCCAAAAUAGAAAGUAUUGUUUCUCUUGUCCUGCAAAUUGUACCGGAAUCUUUUUCAGCUUGAUUUCAUUUUCAGCCUCUCUCCUACAUCUCUGCAUCUAGCGACAGGUCCAAAGGACUGGGAGGUGAGCUGAUGGGUUCACUGGGAGAUUCCGGGUCAUUCUGGUUGGGAUCAUCUGAAAAGCAGAACAUCCUUAAAGCAAAUGAAUACUGUUUAAUGUUCACAUUCAAACAUAGAUAUAAAUAUAAAAACAUAGCUUCAUGGAGAUAUCAGUAACUUGGUAUGGCCAGUGCAGGGUGCUAGAAGGACUAGCAAUGCAAUCAGAACAUGUUGGCAAAGCUAGCCACACUGACCUGAGUCGUAAAUCACCUGCCUCUCUAGGAGCUGUCGUGUCUUCCUUAGUUUGUACUCCAAGAACUGCUGCUCUGUACACACAAUCAACGCACAACAAUGCUUCAUGAUCUAAAUUCUGUACAGCAUUGUGGAUAUGUCUGAUCAAAACGGAGUAGGGCCUAUUUCUGAGUAUAUUAUAUGAGUAUAUAAACCCAUGUGAAACGGACCUACUCUGUGCCGUCGCUCUCUCUCCUUGUCCAGCUCAUUGUUCAGGUUGUCCACAUCUCUCCUCUGUAACUCCAGCUGAAUGCAUUAACACAAAUACACAUGAUGUAUAUUU